GGUAAGGCAAUAGAGUAAAUAUAAAACCCCGUAUGUGAUUAACAGCCCAAUUGUACGUAACGUAAAAGGUAACUGUUUAUUGUUCAAGACAUCUUAAAAAAGCGUACGCAACAUGGGUACGUCGAUAGGCAUUGAUGAAAUCGACGAUAUUGAGCGCAUGUCCGAGGUAAUGAGGUGUCGAGGUCUAUCGUUAGGAGGACUGCAGACAUUAGACCAGAUGAAACAGAGGGCGAAAAAGGCUCUCAGAAUAUCAAAGAAGGUAAGAAUGAAACAUCUUUGGCUGCGUAUCGAUUCAAACUCAAGGUACACUGAUAUUGCCAUACUGUCGCAGAAUUAUCAAGAACCGAUGACUUUAAAUACCGGGUCUACGGUAAAAAGAAACGCUGAAGUUAUCGGCUGAAAUUGUCGACCAACUGUCUUCUGGCCGGCAAUUUAUAUGUUUAGGUUAAAAAUUGGUUUAUUCAGAGACAACGUACGUUACAGCAAUUCAAAGCGAAACCAAUGGACACCAAUAACUUUAUUAGUUGUUGACUGAUUGUCAAACCAAACGUAUACUCCACAUUUAGAGCUUAUUAAUUAUACUACUAAAGCUCUUUGUUCAAAAUUUAUCAUUUCGUUAUUUCAAGCGUAAAUCACAUAGCGGAAUCACCUAGGGGGGCCGAACCUUGAUAAUCAGUGUAGCAUAAUUCAAUGAACUUUCCCUAAAUUCUAUUCUGAGCUCGUGCCGAAGAAAGCGAAUAUGUUUAGAAUGUCAAUCUGCAUAUUGUUUGUCCUCCCUCGUCAAAUCUGUAAAGAAGAACUUCUUCAAUGGAUACCGGAUGACCUUGGGCUCAAACCCCGAUUUAGAGCUAUGAUGAUAGGCUGUAGACAAAUUUAUCACGACUCUCAUCCGCGUUAUUUAUCGCUGUAUAUUGUCACUUACAGCCCUACUCUAACAAGUAAAUUUCUCUGACAGUUUCCGCUCUUUUGAUGGAAAGAACCGCAAUGUUUCUCUGGGUGGAGGUUGAUAUUCUAUGAAAAGCCGAUGGCCCAUCGAUAUCUUCUGACAGUUAAGCACUGAUGGGUGAUCUUGCGUGAUAAAGAUAACAGUUUCCUUUGUGUUGUCCUUUUCUGUUGAAAGGCAGCUGAAAAAUUCACUUCCGAGAGGAUUUUUAAUCGUAUGUUAACGUUCGACUUGAACAAGAGGUUACACGGAGCCUAUAUUCUGGCCGGAUUUGCCGUUCAGAGGGAACGAAUCGAAGGCCGUGCGGUUUUUAGGAAAAUCGCUAUUAAGUGCUUUUCAUUGUUUACUUAACAUGGAGAGUUAUGGAGAUCAUGACUUUGGAACAAGUUGAUACCAUUACAAAUUGGAAAUACUGAAAUCGCUACAUGAAAUGCGGGAACUAGCGUAAAGUCAACAGAAAAGGAAUAAGUCACUUUGUGACUUAGGUUGAGUCACGGAGAAAUCCAGAGUGAUGGUAACCAUCGAACUCCGCAGAAUAAUAAACGCAUACCUCAGGCGUUAUAGAAAACCAGUGCCAAAUAGACUCCUUAUCAAAUUUCCGGUUGCAAAAUUCAUCAAAUUUUAACGCUGCGAUUGAAAUCUUUCUCUGCCUGCACGAGCCAAAUUCCCCUUUUCGACUGAUUGAAAUUAAAGAUAUGAAGCAGUGACUUUCACAAGUUUCUUUUUGUCAGAAAAGUAUGGGUUUUUUCGCUUUAGUAAUCUACUAAUCUAUCCCAUCGGCAAUGUUUACCUAAGACAAUUGAAUUAAUUUAUCGAGGCUUAUACUAUUUUGCGAAACGAAACGAAACGAAACGAAAUCGGGUCAGAUGAAAUAAAACAAAAGGAAUAAUGCAGAUAUAUUUUCUAAUAAGGUAAAGAUAACUUUCACAAGGAAUUUGGAGUAAUCGUUCAUUAACAAGAAGGAUUUCUAUUCAUUUCGCAAAAUAGUAAUUUUAGGAGCGUUACUAUUUUGCGAAAUGGAAUUUUUCACUCUGCGGUGACAACGUGACCUCUUCCAUGUCACAAAAAUACAUUUAAACAUUACAAAUUAGUAUAUCAACGAAGAUUUUGGCCUCUUCUUAUUUCUUAAACCGUAUUAAAAUGUAUUUCACAAAAUAGUAAUUUUAGGAGAGUUACUAUUUUGCGAAAUGGACUAUUUUCACCCUGCGGUGACAACGUGACCUCUUUCACGUCACAAAAAUACAUUUAAACAUUACAAAUUAGCAUAUCACCGAACAUUCUGGCCUCCUCUCAUUUCUUAAACCGUAUUAAAAUAUAUUUCGCAAAAUAGUAAUUUUAGCAGAGUUGCUAUUUUGCGUGACCUCUUUCAUGUCACGAAAAUACAUUUAAACAUUACAUUAUAGUAUAUUCUCAAAGAUCUUGGUCACCUCCUCUUUAAUGUAGUAAUUUCUAAACUAAUUGAAUGUAGUAAUUCCGAAAAAUGUUUAUUUUGCGAAAUGGAUUAUUUACACUCGGCGGGCGGGAACUCGAGAAUAAGGGCGAAGGGAUUGUUGCAGAUUCCCUUGAACUUCACAAUGUUUGGAUGUUUCAACUCUUGAAUGAUUCUUGCUUCCUUUACAAACGUUUUCUUAUCCAAUAUGUCCUCGCCGAGCAAUUUCUUAACGACGACUUUCUCCGCAGCGGCCGAUUUCCUACCCGCAUCAGGAACAGUCUGCCAGUUAGCAGUGAACACAGCACCAUAAGCGCCCUUACCAAUGAUUUCCUUGUUUGUCAAACACUUGAAAUCAUGAACUGGAAGACCUGAACAGUCGAUGGUCUUGGGCUUAAGAACAGGAAAUUUAAAAGCCGUAAUCUUGCCUGAUUUAGCAGCACACAAAGCGAGCACAAAGCAAACUUCUUGCCGCACGUGGAACUUGCGCAAAUGCGAAACACGAUCUCUUGCUCGUAAGGAAGAGGUGUGCGACGGGGGUGUAAUCAGAAGCGCGUAACUUUUCCAUGUAUAUUAUUUUUAUUGAAAAUUUUGAAGCAAAGAAACUGUAUUACUUGCGAUUAUAAAACUGCUGGACGACUAUUUCGGCAUGGAUAUGCUUCUGUUCUCUUUACGAGACGGAGAGUCUAAACAUGUUUAGACUUGACAUAAUUUGGUAGCCACUGGAAAACUGUCAUGUUGGUUUUGCACCGAAACAGUGCACACCCUUCAAAACGCACGAAAUGGGGUCUUUCAAAUCUCUCAGGAGAACAUGCCAACUUCCCCCUAGAAUAGCUCCGUCGCUAGUAACAACAGCUUUUACCUCUUACUUUCCGCUCCCUCCCAUGCCAUUAAUUGGACACAACCUCGGUUUGGGCCUUCAGCGGGGCUCUCUUGACUUGAUUUCGGCGUCACGCAAUACGGUACUACACAGUUGUCGAUUUUGAUUAAAUGAACUGUUGCAUGUUUAUUGAGAUGGAGUUAUUAAUUGGCUCUUACUUAAUCAUUUGAAGCUGAGGAAAGGAAAACACCGCCUUGUUGCUUGGCAGUGAAGAAGUACAGACCACAGCCGAAUUAAAACACUUACGUACAAGGAAAGGCGAAACCUGUAAACCCAAUCUGUCACGAGUCAGUUUUAUCAGGCGGCAUUUAAAUCAUUUAUGGUCCAUUUUGCAAAACAGUAAUUCUUCCAAAAUUACUGCCUCGCGAAAUAAACUCAGAAGACGUUUAUAUAGGUGAAGAUAGCUUAGACCUUUUGAGAUUUUAUAGUGCUUUAAAUUGAAACUUACCGAAAACCUAUUGUAUGACACGAGAAUAAUAACAUCGUUACCGCUGAGUGAAAAUAGCCUAACUAUUCCGCAAAACAGUAAUUUUUCUGACAUUAAUACUUUGAGAAAUUAAUUAUAUCUGGAUAGAGAAAGAGGAGGUGACCGAACCCUUCGAGAAUAUACUAUAAUAAAAUGUUUAAACGUAUUUUUGUGACUCGAAAAGAAAGUUAUUGAGGGGUAAAAAUAGUCCAUUUCGCAAAAUAGUAACUCUCCUAAAAUUACUAUUUUGCGAAAUAAAUUUUGAAACGGUUUAAGAAAUAAGAGGAGGCCAAGAUGUCCAGUGAUAUACUAAUUUGUAAUGUUUAAGUGUAUUUUUGUGACAUGAAAGAGGUCACGUUGUCACCGCAGGGGUGAAAAUAGUCCAUUUCGCAAAAUAGCAACUCUCCUAAAAUUACUAUUUUGCGAAAUAUAUUUUAAUACGGUUUAAGAAAUGAGAGGAGGCCAAAAUGUUCGGUGAUAUACUAAUUUGUAAUGUUUAAAUGUAUUUUCGUGACAUGAAAGAGGUCAUGUUGUCACCGCAGGGUGAAAAUAGUCCAUUUCGCAAAAUAGCAACUCUCCUAAAAUUACUAUUUUGCGAAAUACAUUUUAAUACGGUUUAAGAAGUAAGAGGAGGCCAAAAUGUUCGUUGAUAUACUAAUUUGUAAUGUAUAGAUGUAUUCUCGUGACAUGAAAGAGGUCACGUUGUCACCGCAGGGGUGAAAAUGGUCCAUUUCGCAAAAUAGUAACUCUCCUAAAAUUACUAUUUUGCGAAAUAUAUUUUAAUACGGUUUAAGAAAUAAGAGAAGGCCAAAAUCUUCGUUGAUAUACUAAUUUGUAAUGUUUAAAUGUAUUUUCGCGACAUGAAAGAGGUCAUGUUGUCACCGCAGGGUGAAAAUAGUCCAUUUCGCAAAAUAGUAACUCUGCUAAAAUUACUAUUUUGCGAAAUGAAUAAAAAUCCUUCAUGUUAAUGAACGAUUUCUCCAAAAUCCUCGUGAAAGUUAUCUUUACCUUAUUAGAAAAUAUAUCUGCAUUAUUCCUUUUGUUUUAUUUCAUCUGACCCGAUUUCGUUUCGUUUCGUUUCGUUUCGCAAAAUAGUAUAAGCCAUUUAUCGACACAACGAUAUCUGCUGGGUUUUACCCGAUAUUCCUCGCUUUUGGCUUUUGUUCGUUUCGUCACAAUCAUUUCAGAAUGGUGAGUGAGAAAAAAAAGCUUACCUUGCGGAAAUGUCCUAAAAAGGAGUGAUCGGCACUAGUAGUGCACGCAUCGAGUUCUGGAUGCACUUGAAUAGUCUGUUUAACAAAUGCAGACGUACAGUUAUUUUAAUCCCUACCAAAUUAUGUCAAGACGAACAAAACAAAAAAGUACAGCCGUCCUGCCUCGAAGCAGGACAGAUUUUGUCAGCAUGAAUUUUACGAGGUGAGACUGACAGCUCGUAGUUGGCAAAUCACAUCUUUUGUUUUUAGGUGCUGACAGGGUUGGUGGGGGAGGGGGGGGAAGGAGGCAAUCGGAAAUGGGUGAGGAUGCUUGUCGUACCUUUCAGUGGUCAAAAUCAGUGAUCUGGUACCUUUUACGGUGUCUCAAACUUUAGUGGACUACCAGAUACCCAACUGGUACCUUUUGGGGUGUUUUUCGCUCAAUAAAAUGCCUGAAAUAAGCAUUACUAGGACGAUUUUAAUGAUCUGACUUGAGCCUCUGGAGCAUAUCGAUAAAGGAGUUCUUAUUUUUGGGAUUUUUUAAUUUUUUUGUGUUUAAAUUGGUACUUUUUAAGGGUAGAUAUCAGUUGUUGCCACUCCCACAGGGAUGAGUCAGGUACCUUUUAUAAUUUUAUAGGGGUCGUUUUCGAAACUCCCGGCGCGCAUCCUCGCUCUCUUGUGUAUAGGGGUUCCCUGGGGGGUGCUGAUACGUGCAGCACACUUGAAAUUUAGCAAGGAAAAAUUUUUGUCAGCGUCUUGUAGCUGCUGCGGAAGGGCCCUUUACCACUGUGUGCUUAAUUACGCGUCCCGCCAGACUGCGGGAAGCCUACAAAGUGCUCAGACAUUAGUAUAGAAAACUCCGCCUCUCUCUGGAUUUUUGGUAGCCUAUUUACCAACUCCCGAUCGAGGCCUAAGUCUGACGGGACGCGUAAUUUUGCACAAGGUGGUAAGUAGCCAGGUUAUAUGAAUUUUCCAGACGUCUUGCAUACUAUAUGUGGAACACGCUUGCCAAAUAGGCAUUUGGAAUCGACUUAACCCUACCAUCUCCGCAGGUAACUUAAAAUGUCUUUUAUACAACUACGCAAGGGACCGACCUGAGAUAUGCAACGUCGGUCUUCUCGAUAACUAUAUCCAAAAGUCCUACAAGCGAACGAUUUAAAUGAACAGCAAAUCUCCUUGUUAGCAUGUAAGAUGAGACGCUUAUACAACGGAUCAAUUGGUUAAACGGUGUGUAGUUUGUCAAUCGAAUUGACUUUUGUAAACAUUCUUUGACUUCCGCCGGCAAAGGAAACAUUGAUGGAUCUGGACAUUUUAGUUUUCUGAAUACAGCAAUUCUUGGAAGGUUUUGAUAGAUAUGAAAAGAGAGGAAAAAAACCCAUCUCUUCGUAAUUCGCAGGUUGAUUCAUCUUUGAAUUUGUGUCACGCUUGUCAUGCAACUAAUAUAAUAAUGUGGAGAAGAUUUACAAACUGUAAAUUAAAUCCGGCUAAAAUAUGGUAGAGCAUAACUUGAUCACCGAAACAGAUCAUAAAAUCAUAAAUAAAUAAGGUAAGAGGUUAUUUUAGAUUUCUUUACAAACUAUAGUGAUUUAUGCCAGUAAACGGUGGCGACAAGUAGACACACCAUGUAUACUUCAUAAUCGCUAGUGAGUAAAUUUUUCCACACUUUGAGUUCGUCUCACGAUAUAACAACACAAAUACACAAGGAAAUUUUUACAGUAACUUUUUAACCAUCCUUUUGUCUUUUAAAAGCUAGAAGCUCAGUAGAUUCUGUCAUAUCGGUCAUUGUUAAAACUGUCUUUGUUUUGAUGCUACUUUUCGACAUAGAAAAAGUCGGACAAAAAUGUUCACCAAAAAAUAAAUAUUUCUUUGCCAGCUUCAAUAAUGACAGGGGAUUAAUUUAGAUGAUAAAACAAAGGAUUAUGCCGACAGAAAUACCGGAGGUCAAGAAAAUUCGUUACAUGAGGUCACACAACUCGGGUAAUAUGCAGGGUGAAAAUUUGCAUAUUUGAGCGGCUGAACGAAAAAUAUCAUUUCUCGAAAAAUAAAAUAUUUUUUCACAAAAAAAUACACCACAAUUAUUAGGACAUAUUGGACUACAAAAUAUGAAAGUAGGAGAGAAAACGAAUUUUGGGCGACUUGCCACAAUAUUUCAAAUUUGUUCGAUGGAUGCUGACAUUGCACGUAAUUGAAAAAAAAAGAAUGGACUAUUUCCUUGCAGAAUAUCUAAAUAGAUUUGAUCUGCACAUCGUGGAAACUUUGAAUAAGGAAAUUGUAUUUAUUCGAAAAGAGAUCAUUUUAUCUUUUCAAUCAGCGACAAAUGCUCAAAAGAGCGGCUCAGGGCCUGUUUACAUGGAGGCGGGGGACCCCAGGUGGGUGAGGUAACCCGCCUUGCCGUGGUCGAAAAAUAAAACGCGUUUACAUGUAAUCUUACAACCCCGGGGUGCUGGGGUGAGGUUUCUUUAGGUUGUUGUUGCGCUUGCGAUUAGGGAGUUUCAACAUAGGCGUCCCAAGCUCACAUCUCGAGAAAGACGAAAGAUCAAUUCUCGGACACAUUUGUGUUUGUUCAUGAAAGUGUCACGCGUUGUGUUACGCGGUGUUAAGUUACGCGAAUCGUAGGCUUAAUACGUUAUAAGGAUUAGUUUGUGAAACGAAAUAUGGUCGAUUUACAACGCUAAAUAUUCCGAAAUGUGAACACCCCUUGUAUGUCCCUUGCGGUUUCUGGUGAUUUUCGCCAGACGGUUAGGAAAUGUACAAAGUUUUAAAACACACGUGUUUAACUUUUGAGCUUUUUGCCAUGAAUACGACCCCAGUUAGGCGGGUUACCCCACCUUGAGACGUUUACAUGGAAAAUUCUCACUCCGGCUGACAGGUUUACCCUACCUGGCAGACCGGGCAACCCGCCUUGGCGGGUUACCCCACCUAUCAUGUAAACGUGAUCAAGAUUUAAUAAGAGAUUAUAUGGAAAGGCGGGUUACCUCACCUACCUGGGGUCCCCCACCUCCAUGUAAACAGGCCCUAAAUUUGCGAAGCGAGCAAGGUCCGAAAUACGAUACGUUAAGUUCAACAGGGUUGCGCCAUUCAAUGGAAUGAUGGAGUGGUGGAAUGGCGGAAUAUUCUACAACGCGGAAUGCCUUGUUGUGUGAAACAAAAAUCUCACAAAAAUGGAAUUGCAAUGAAAUGAGAAAAUUAUUUAUAAUCAACAGGCAAAGUUUAAUCAUAAUAGGAGCUUAGGGAUAGACCCUCAGAGGAAAGUUGAGGUACUUGAACUAGCCCCUAUAAGUUAUUAUUACUAUAACUUUUGUUAUCAUUAUCAUCAUGAUUAUAAUAAUUAUUAUUUUAUUAUUAAUAUGAUAACUUGUUACCAUUUCAUUUGUAGUUGAGUGUCAAUUAUUCACUACAUUGGUGAAUCAACUUUCUAUUGUGGAACAGGGCUCUCAUAAGUAUGUGGAAUGUGGCAGGUUUCCGUUUAGCAUGCGUGACAAAUCUUCUUUAACGCUACCUUAUCAUCAUACAGCCCCUGGUUCUUUUCGAUGCUUCAAAAAAUUGUGCUAUAUCUGUAGCCAUAUGCAGUCUUUACUGCCUAUUUUUUAUCAGUGCGUUAACAAUUCAACCAAUUCACAGUAAUGGUUUGUGCGUUAAUUUAAAUAGAUAUUUUAAAGACUCGAAAGAUAAGUGUAAACUGAAGAAAGCUUGGUUAACGUUUAUGCGCGGCCCAGCACUUCAAGUCUGAGUACACUCGAUGCCAAAACUUAACCUCAUUCCCAAGCUAUGGCCACCACAUUGGUUUAUGCCAAUUAAAAAAAUGUUACGAAGCGCCUAUUGUGCAUUUUCCUACGGAGGAAAACCCAAACCGAAUUUCUGAUUCUAGCCUGUUUACGGCCAAGAAUAAGAAUAAUUCUGGCAAGUUUACGGCCAGAAUAACAAUUAAUUCCAAAUCAAAGUCGAACUCGAAUCUAAGCUCAAGUAUGUCAGUACAGUCAAACUUGUAUUAAGGUCAUUAAGCUGCACCGUAUUAAAUGAUCAUCCUGUAUUAAGCGGUUGUAAAUUCCCCUUAAAUACUGUAACGUUAAAAUUAUCUUUCUUCUUCGGACUUUUAGGAAAAAUAUCACGCACGAGCAUCUUGCAAGUCAUUUUCUGGUCAGCCUGUAUUAAACGGUUACCCCGCCAUUCUUCAUGAGUGAGCUCUAAAUACAGGUUCGACAGUAGAAUGAAAUGUGCAUGCAAGGAAAAGUGCCCGUGCCUACGCCAGCUUAAUCAGUCAACACACCGAAAUGAGCUGUUUCCAAAGAAACCACCUCAUUGAAGUAAUUUUUAUUUAAUAUUGAGUGACCGACACAGUAAAAUAGUAUAGCAAGUCUAGUAAGUUUUAGUGUCAUACUGAUAUUUUUGCAAAGAAAUUUAAUCAAUCCAUGCUCCACUUAUCAGGCCUUUUUAGCGUUGACAGAGGCCAGGGAAGAAGUCGAGAGAAGACAAAAGCACUUGCUAGAAUUAUGCGUGAGCACAGAGGCCUGUCUAAAUAUGAUGAGUGACAAGGACUAUGCUCUUCUGGAGCUGGGAGUCAAAAAUCUCAAGAACCAAUUGGCCUAUCACAUACAGAGAUUAGAGAGAGUGGAAUACGUGGUGCUUUUGUCAGGUUGGUUACUGAAAAAGUUUUGAAAGUUCAUAAUUACGUGGAAGUUGACGCAUGUGCGCGUGUCGUAACUUAAGUUUACUGCCAACUGCUCCAUUCGCUCAGGCAAACUCUCCGCCACAGGACUACGCCACUUGCUUACACGAGAUACUUGACAGACACUACAUGUCUCGCAGAGUUUCAUGCCAAUGUCUACCAGACUUCACUUUUUAUGCAAUACAUUCUCCGUCUUAACUAUGCCUUCGUGUCCAUCAUGGCCAAUCUUUUGAACUUAAUCACGUUUAAUCUCUGGAAUGAAUUUCCUUGGCUUACCUCGAAUCGAUACUCGUCCUGCAGUAAGUCGUGUGAAGCUCACUUUUUGCAUGUAAAUAGUUGACAGGGACCGCGUACCAGCUCAUGUUGACAGACGUCACGCAGCUUUUCCAUACUCGUCCCCUCCUUUGUCAUGAGGUUUACUUAACGCGCAUGGCCGAGCGAACAACUUUCAGACUUUUUUCACUGAGAAGUCAAAUCCUUUGCCUGUGGUCAUAACUUUAAACGCCCUGAUGACGUAUAGUUGCAACGCCGACGCUAAAAACUCGAAAGACAGAAACAUUGCAUAUUUUUUGUUGUUGUUUUGGUUGUUGUCGCUUUCUUGUUUCAAUUGAAUUGACUCAUCUUGGUCACAAAACGUGUUCUCUUUCAGAAAUGUAUGUACUGCGAUUUCUUAAACUAAUAAAGACUCACAACGAACAGUUUUCAUUGAAUGUUUCAUCCCUUUCUCUAUGCGGGAGAUAAGUCUAAGUGUCUGCCAGGUUUUCAAGACUAUUCGCUUCAGCAAACUAUAUUUUUCACUGUUUUGUCCUAAUAACGUUUCUUUUGUCUCAGUUUCCUUUUAACGGCUAGAUUCCUGUCAUUCGUGGUCGUGAGACUGAUUUUUAUUUUUGAUAAGGACCUUUUUUGCAUGUUUAUGAGAAAUUAGCAGUUUAAACCUAAUCCGCAGGACUCGUCAAAGAGAAUGGAUCUGGAAAGUUAAACACCAUUAAUUCCACAUUUUUCUUUAAACUAGUGUUUGUUCUUGACAGGUGAAAGAGAUUCGAAAAAGAGCAUGUUUUUGAGUCUGAUUCUUGGGGAGCAACUCCUCCCUGACUCCUUCUUUGGCAUCUCUUCCGUUGUCUGCGAAUUAAGAUAUGGAGAAACCCACAAGCUGGUAGCGCACUAUAAAGACGCAGAUCCUGAAACAGGCCUUCCUUCAAAGACUAUCCAGCCUGGGGAGAUGGCUGUGAACUCUCAACAAAUCUUUCUUCAAAAAAUCUCCUGGUUUUUCCAAAAUGAAGAUCUGCAGGGUUCAGUUUUUGAUAAGAUUGAGAUCUUUUGGCCAAACAACCUGCUUAAGGUUGGUGAUUAGCAAGCUGAGGGCAUAAAUUGUAAAUUGUGACUUGAGGAUUGCUAAAAGCUACCAUUUAGCAUUAUUCUUGGCAAAUUUAGGUCUUGCAAUAUAUUUUUGAUUGACAGAUUAUCUUUGACACCUAACAUGCAUCGUUUUCGUACGUAAUCUAAUCUAAUCUUCAGGAGCACAGUUGCAAUUUGAUUUCUUGAUCAGAUAAAGAGUCAGGGAUGUUUCAACAACAACAUUUACAAAAAAACUUAUUUCAAAAAAAGUCAUUUGACCUGUUUUAAGAUUCACUUAUCUCUCAUCGUUUUCUCCACUAGGAAAGAAUCUUUGUGGUUGACAGUCCAGGAUUUGGUAAAUCACCCAUCAUGGACGAGAAAGUGAAAGUGUACCUUUCUGAAGCUUUCGCAGUUAUCUGCGUCAUUGACAGCUCAGCGCAGCAACGAAGGGUAAGCUGCAUGGACAGGUGAAGUUAAUGCACCCGCAGCGUUUGCCAUGGCAGGGCAUUUAUUUACUUAACAUAUAUUUAUUUAACUUUGCGGUAUAAUUGACUGUGAAUAUAUAAAAAUCACAUAUUGAACUGCGGAUAAAGACGGGAAUAUGAAAGCGAUCUUCGCAGUAAUGAACACUACUUGAGCAGUAUUGAAAAUAAGGCCUGAAAAAAAAAAUUCAGGCUUGUACGGGACUUGAAUUCAUGACCUUUGCGAUACCGGUGCAGUGCUCUACCAAUUGAGCUAACAGGCCAACUGGGAGUUGAUCGUUAUGUUGGUUCAAUGUAAACCCGUGAAGUGAUGAAUAAAUGACUGUAAAUAUAUGAAAAUUAUAUACGUGAACUGCGCAUAAAGACGUGAAUAUGAAAGCAAUAUUCGCAAUAAUGAAAACUGCUUGAGCAGUAGUGAAAAUAAGACCUAAAAAAAAAAUUCAGGCCUGUAUGGGAGUUGAACGCAUGACCUCUGUGCUCUACCUGCACUGCACCUGCUGAUUACUUAUUACUUUUGUCAUCAUUAUUAUUACCACGAUCGUUAACAUUAUCUCUAUUAUUAUUUACUGCCCAGAGCAAUCAUUUAUAACAGCUUUUGCUUAAGUGUAUUUAAUAUGUUGUUAUUAUUAUUGUUAUCAUUUUUAUGAUUAUUAUUAUGAUUAUUAGUAUUAUUACCCUCGAAGGAACUUUUAACUCCAUGUGUACGUUCGCCCUCAUAGAUGAUGGAACCAAUCAAACAAUUCCGAAAAGUAUGUCUUGACCAUCCAGAAUCCUCGUCAAUUUUUCCUCUUUUCCUAUGUAACAAUUGGGAUCAAGUAUCUCAAGAAGAGGCUGAUUCCAUCAAAAAUCACGUCAAAGGUGAAUUCAGAAAAUUCUGGCCUGAAAUAGACCCAGAUUCUCAAAUCAUUUACAUUUCAUCGCCUUACGCCACAAACGAUGAAACAGUUGUCGCGGAGUUUGCGUCACUGAUGGAUGCUAUUAAAUCCACCGCCUUGCAAAACAGUAAAGCAACGCUGCAAAUGCAGUGGAGGUAGGUUCUGUAGAGGGUCUUUAAAAAGUCGAUGAGGGUAUUAUGGUCCUAAUUUACAUCUUAACCUAGCUGGAGUUAGCAUUUUUCUUGGCUAAGUGAUGUACUCUUUUGCAUCCAAUUCCUAUCUUAUUAUUGACUCCUUUUAGGAAGACCAAGUUAUGUUGCCCUCGUGUCAUGAUCUAAUGAGAUUCAUUCAUUUGCACAGUGAAAAUUAGAUGGUUAUUGGAAAGUGCUUAUUUAGAAACUUUGCUAAAACCCAUAUAGCCUUGAUACGCUCAAAUUCGCCAAAAUAACAAUGAAUUUCUUCCUAGUUUGUAAUUCGGCUAGUUUAUAUCUUAAAGUUUCACCCACUUGGAAUGAUAAAGAAUAAAUUCAAUAAACAUUUUGGUGAAAAAUGAACUUGACAUUUGCAUAUUUUCAUCUCUCAGGUGGCUUGACCUGGCUAUUUCACGUAUGACCCACCACAUGAAAAUGGUCAUGGAUCUUCUUUGCCCGCUCACCGAUCGUACAGACGUCUCUGACUUACUUUCUGAACGCCUUCGUUACGUUGAUUUACAUUCUGAACGCCUUCGUUACGUUGAGAAGCGGCUGCGCUCAGUUGAAGACGAGUUGAAUGAGCAUUUCAGAAAACUGGCAGACGAUACCGUUAGGGAACUUUCCAAACACCUCCAGUCUUGUGAAGUUAUGGAAAAAUUUACCUCUUGGACGCUUGAAGAUGUUCCACACGCUGGAGAAAGUUGGGAGGUAACCGAAGAUCAUAUUAAAAAAGCAUUUAGGUCGCGACUUGAGAACACGAUUACCGCGUGGGAAGAAAAAAACCAAAUUUUAUUCAACACUCGCAGCUCUCUGGUCCAAUUGUCCGACCAGCGAUUUGAUGAAUGUAAGAAUCUACUCCCAUACCGAUACCUAGAGAACCUCGUCAUUACGGACGCUGCUGCUGCUAGUGGAUCAAAUACUUGCCAGUCUUCAAAUGACUUCGGGGCGGCCCAAAUAGUUAUGAUGGGGCUGACAAGUCCAAUUUGGGUUCCAUUUGUCCUAGCAGCUUUAGCUAGCAGUGUUCCAGUUGUUGGUGUCAUGACACUUAGAGAGAAAGUAAAAAAUUUGAAACGUUCAAGAAAAUAUGGAAAAGACAAACGUAGAUUCAUCGUGGGAGCCUCCCAUAAAUACCUUUGCAAAGUGGUUCAAGAGCAACAGCUUUCGCUGAUCGUGAAAGAGCAGCUCAAAGAUGUUCAUGUUUACCUUACCAAAGUUUCAUCUCGUUUGCACGAGCUCUUAGCCGCCGACAAAAUACUAUGUCAGCAGCUCAGAGAUGAGACCCGCUCUAGAGAGGAAAUUAAAAAAUGCUAUGGCCGUUUAAGAGAGAUGAUUGUUAGAGAAAAGGAAAAGAUGGCCCUCUUUUUCAUUAAAGAAUUACAGAGCAUGGAAAUAAGUCGUAAUGACUUGGAGUGGGAUCAAGCUUCACUUCUUGGAAAUGGAGCAUCCGCUUCAGUUUAUCGAGGAACAUUCAGGUUACCAGGACAGAGCGAACCAACACAGGUGGCUGUGAAAUUGUGGAGUAAAGAACUAAACGAAUGCAGCGCGAUUGGCGUCCUUUCUAAGACAGAAACACUGAGGUUAGUUACAUUUAGCAUUUCCUUCAAAUGACAGUUAAUAAAUAUAGUUGAAUUUAAUAAAUAAAAGAGGGCUGUCUAAAGGAGAAUUUAAUGUGAUGUGACAACUAUAGAGAUUUAGAUGAUUUAGAUAGAUCGGUAUGAUAACACAGCAGUUGAAAAACGCUGAAAUAUUUGGGUACUUUGAAACCCAAACGAACUUGAAUAAACGUCGAUGCAACUAUCUUUUGCAGGAAGCUUGGCUUUCCCUUUAUUGUCAAGUUCUUUGGGACAGCAUUGCUGAAGGAAGGCGAUCAAUUGCGGGUGAUACAUGUUUUGGAAUUGUGCAAGGAAAACUUGAUGAAUCAUAUUUUUCAGAAUCCUGAAAACAUUCCUGGAUCGUCUGGAAAAACGUUCGUCAAGAAUAAUGUACUGUACUGGGCAAAGGACGUAGCUGCUGCUAUAGAAUUUAUUCACAACCAGGGUAUUGUUCACCGCAACUUCAAGCUGGAGAAAAUCUUGGUGAGUUUCAAAUAAAUGUGAAUCAAAUUUUUACUGCUGUUUCAAUCUCAGUCUGCUUGUGAGGGUCAGUUGACCAUUAAUUAUCUAAUAUGUUAGUCAAAUAAUUAAGAGUUACAAAUUGAAUGUAAUAGUUGUUAAGAUCCGCUCAAGUACUCUUUGAUCAAUAGUUCACGGUGUCAAGUGACGAACUGUGAAUGCUAUUGGUCAAUUUUGCAGAGGGGGCCUUGUAGUUCCUAAAAGACCCGAAAAUAUAUAUUUUUUUACAGCAACUGUGCUCAUAUCAUUCACUUCUUUUCAAAGCUUUCACAAAGAAAUGUCGUUAAGGUCUCUGGUUUUCGCCUCUCUGAAGAGGCUAAGAUCAUCGCAGACACCAUGACGGAAACCGAUGCCUACCUUGCCCCGGAAGUGAUUCGUUGCAAAGAAUACGAUAACAAGGCCGACAUAUACAGCUUUGGUAUAAUGCUUUGGGAGAUGUGGUAUGGUAAGAGAGCCACUAUUGAAAAAGCAGAACAUGUGUCUGACCAAGAGGCUAAGGGUGUAAGACCUCCAUAUGUACAAGGCGCUAUCAAGCCUCCAACUGGCUGGCAAGAUCUAAUGCAGCGUUGUUGGGAUGGAAAACCCCACAAUCGACCAGAUGCGGCAGAGUGUCACAAGCUGCUGAUUGCGUUCUCCCAGGAAGUUUACGCACCACCUCUAUGAACAUUAGUUAUUAGGUAAUCAUCUUAAACGUAUUUCCUAUUUAAAGAUAGAAUUACUGUGCAACAAUAACAAUUGCCAGUCUGAUAACAAACUCGUUCUGAUUGCUAUAGUAAGUAGAAAAGACUGACAUACAAGGAAACAUGUAUUAAGAUAGAAUAUAGUACCUGGUCGACUGACGCCAAACAAGAACUCAUUUGUAAAGGCACCAGAAAAUGAUUUUGCAUAAAAGCUAAAGAAAAUGUUCUCUGCGUAAAGGUGAAUCUGUGUUUGAAGACCGUCAUAACAAUCAGGAAAAAAAAAGAAAAACAUAAAAAAGCGAACAAUUUCUUUUCUCUUUGGCACUUCAACUUUUCUUAUCAAUGUAAAGUAGUAGUAGUAUUAUUAGUAUUGUUCUCAACAUAUACGGCUAUUAGUGACGUUUUUUUCUGGAUCACAGAUAUAAUGAUUGCAUCAUUACCACAGUUUUUUUGCGUACGAGAACUUUCUAUAUGAGUAAAACAGCGUAAGUUUCUAAAGGUAAAAAUGAUGUGGGUAGAAAAACGCUCAGGGAUCUAGGGAGCUGAGUUUCAAAACUGAGACGCGCACAUUUGCAUACGAAAGUGGAACGGUUUAGGCAUUGGUAAAUGAAACGUUUAUGACGGCCAAUUCAAAGGUUUACCUCCAACACCUGCUAACGAUAUACCUUUAAAUAUUGUUCGUUUUUGAAUGAUUUAAUUGUAAUCAUCUUCGUCCUUCCAGACUUAUCUCGCACUUCAUCGAGUUCUCAUUCGCUCGCUUUCACGCACCUGUGUUGUCUUUAGUUUUCGAUUUAAUUCCUGUACUUUGAAGGCUCAGCAUUAAAUUCAUUAUUUUCCACGUAAAACCAGUGUGACUGUAGAUAAAGACUAACGCAUCUCAAGUUAACACCUCCAGGUGUCUCGUUUUCACUAUGUCUUACCUUCUUUUAAGAGGUCUCGUCUGUUUUGGGUUCCACUUGGGGAAACCUUUAAUAUUGUAAUCCCUCGGUUUCUACAGAGCAAUUUUUUAAUGGUAAUCACAAGCGGUUAUAAUACUUAACGUUUGAUCGGAAACUAACAUGAACAAAACUGACUCAACUUAAAGAGGUUAAAACUUUUUAUUAAAACUACUUAUAAUGCGUUUCAAAGUUAUUUUGAAAAUAGCGACAGAUUUUGAAGAAUAUUUAAUAACAGAGCCUGAUUUAUCUCUAUUCGGCCUUGAACUGAGCUAUCUAAUGUUGAUCGAGAGAAGCACAGACGCAAAUCUGUAUGUAUAUGUGAUCGUGAACAAAGCAGAAUACCAAUACGAAGUUUGAAAAGGUUAAGGAACAAGAGCAGAAAGGUUAAAAAAUUUGUCUAUGCACGUAUUCUCUCAUGUAUCCCCAUGUCAUCUACAUUGCACUGUUAUGUCAGUACUAUAAAAACUAUCAAAUAAAAGGACGUUUAGGUUUAACCGUUGUGAAAAAAUUCGUCAAAGUAUAAGAAAGGUAAAAUAGCGU